AUGGCCGCUGUCGCAGAGAACGCUCCCCCCGUCACGAACGAGAACACCGCUCCGCCCGCGGUUGCUGAGGAGAAGACCGAGAAGGCCAACGGCGACGUCGUCACGGUCUUCCACGACCCAGAGAACUUCAAUGUCAAGCACCCUUUGAUGCACGAGUGGACUCUUUGGUUCACGAAGCCUCCUAGUGGAAAGGGCGACAACUGGAAUGACCUUUUGAAGGAAGUCGUUACUUUCAACUCUGUUGAGGAAUUCUGGGGCAUUUACAACAACAUCACUCCCACUUCCGAACUAGGCCUCAAGGCAGACUACCAUCUUUUCAAGAAAGGCGUUCGCCCCGAGUGGGAAGACCCCCAGAACAAGCAUGGCGGCAAGUGGUCAUUUUCGUUCAAGGAUAAGCGGUCGGUUCCUAUCGAUGAUCUGUGGCUGCACGCCCAGCUAGCCGCCAUUGGCGAAACCCUCGAGAACGAUGGUGACAACGAGGUCAUGGGUGUCGUUGUGAACGUGCGUAAGGGUUUCUACCGUGUUGGUCUCUGGACACGGACCGUCGGCAAGACUAUCCCCGGUGACAAGAACGGACGCACACCUGCCCAGGGCAAGGAGGUGCUUGAGAACAUCGGUCGCAAAUUCAAGGAUGUUCUUCGCGUUGGUCCGAAUGACAGUGUGGAGUUCUCGGGACACACUGACAGCGCCCACAGCGGCAGCACGAGAGCCAAGGCCAAGUUUGCUGUUUAA